AUGAAGCUGGAACCAUCUCUGGGCGACAUGAGUGAGUGGAGGGAGGUGGACUUCGCCCGCAACUGCACGUACAUCGUUCAAGACCAGGCGUCUGACCCCAGAUUUGGCGUUCCCAAAGCAAUGAUGUCUAUCCCACGUAACCUGACCUUCGAGUACGGUCCAGACAACGAGGUGACUGGUGUAUUCAGUAAGGAGUACAUUCCUCAAGGGACGAGAUUUGGGCCUCUCCAAGGAGAUGUCUACACCAAAGACAAUGUUCCCCCUGAGGCCAACAGGAAAUACUUUUGGAGGAUUUACUGUGGUGGGCAGCUUCACCAUUUCAUUGAUGGCUAUGACGUGCACCAAAGUAACUGGAUGCGAUACGUCAACCCAGCACACUCCAUGGCCGAGCAGAACCUGGUGGCGUGUCAGACAGGUCGUGACAUCUACUUCUACACCAUCAAGCCAGUGGUGCCGCAGCAGGAGCUACUGGUCUGGUACAGCCAGGAGUUCUCACAGAGACUGUGCGGUCAGGCCGAGGGUCAUCCGGAACAACCCAAACCCAAGUACAUGCACAGCGAUAUAGAAUCAGAGAUUCAGAAGCAGCAUCUACCUCACUUGUCCUGGUAUUCUAAGCAACCGCAGAGUCCGUUCAUACAUCGGAGCGAGGAAGCGAGUAAGAAGGAGGAGAAAGAAGACGAGAUGGAUGAAAAGAUUGAUGUGGAGGCUCUAGAGAGGGACACUCCUCCUGACACCCCCGAGGAGCAGGUUGUAGACUUCAGCAAGAAGAUGCAGAGGGAAAUGGUUUUGGACACCCACCCCUACCCUACACCUUCCCCCCAAAGAGAUAUCCCACUCCACCUCCAUGGUCUCUAUGGCCACAGGGAAGGGCUUGUGUCCUGUCCCCCUCUGAAUGCUCCCAGGUCUCUGCAGCACCCCUACCAACUUCUCCCGCCACCCUACAGCUCACCAUAUCCUCACCUCGUCCUUCCCCGGUACCCCUCUUCUUUUUCACCAGUGCUGCCACCUAGGGUUCCCCUCCGUUAUAAUGGCUUCAUGGGCAACGAAAAGCUCCCUUACCCCUCUGUGGCCCAGACUGGGUUGCUGCCCGCAUCUCUUCCCUACCCUGUCCCGUUGCAGGGGGGUCUGAAGGAGCAUCUGCCCAACACCUCUCCACCUCGAGGGGCGCCAGACACUCCUGAACUGUCUCCCAUGUCGAAACACUCACCGGGGUCUCUGCGGGAGUCUCCCUCAGGCUGUAAUGAAGCCAUCAACCUCAGUGUCAUCAUGCCCAAGGGCGGCUCUGCCUCCGCUUCGCCGGCCGUCCCCGGACACAGGUCGCUACCUUACCCUCUGAGGAAGCAGAACGGCAAGAUCAAGUAUGAGUGCAACGUCUGCUUUAAGACCUUCGGCCAGCUCUCCAACCUUAAGGUUCACUUGAGGGUCCACAGUGGAGAGAGGCCAUUUCAGUGUCAACUAUGUAAAAAGAGCUUCACACAACUAGCCCAUCUACAGAAACACCACCUGGUACACACAGGAGAGAAACCACACGAAUGCCAGGUGUGUCACAAGCGCUUCAGCAGUACCAGUAACUUGAAGACCCAUCUGCGGCUACACUCCGGCGAGAAGCCUUACCAGUGUAAACUGUGUGGCACCAAGUUCACUCAGUACAUCCACCUUAAACUGCACCGCCGACUGCACAGUGCCCAGGAACACCCACACAGGUGCCCGCAAUGCGCCCGCGCCUUCCUCCACCGCUUCUCGCUGCGUCUCCACCAACGCUCGGGCUGCUGCCGGCCCGGGCACUCCCUCCCCGCCGAGCUCCGACACGCGGCGCAGUUGUUGGAGCGCUUCGACGCCAGCCCGGAGGCCGAGGAGCUGCCGGAGAACCCGGCGGCCGCUCAGGUGGACGCCGCCUUGGAGCGUUGGUUGGCCCACAGCCUGGAGGGUAGGGAGGGUAAGGAGGACCAGAUGGAGACCUCCAUAGUCAAGGCCCUGGUCGCCGCCCGUCCACCUUCGACCCCCCCGACCGGCGGUUUCACACAGAACGGAUUGAUGCCUCCCCACCACCAUCAGGAACGUGCUAGUGUGGUGCAUUUCUACAACAGGCCCUCUGUGAAGACCGAAGAGGAGCAACGAUGA